UUUGAGCGGCAAGCACUCCUUUCUGGCAAUUUCGACCAAACAGGUGACUGAGCAGAGCAGCAGUCGGUGAUCCCAGGUGGUACUUAAAAGGACAUCAACUUAAAGUUUUGUGCCAAAAGGAGCACCAUAAGUGGUGUGUGAUAGUGUACGAAACAUAAAACAAAAAGUCGUUAGAAUUACUGUUCUACAUAACAGUUUUCUAAAGAAUCUAGUGAUAGUGUGAAAAAGUAAGCAUUGCAUCAAAUUAUAGUGAGCAAGCACUUCAGCGCUAUUAUUUUUCCAGAGUCCUAUUCAAAAGCGCGCGUGUUCGUGCAAACAAAAGGAACGUUGCAACUUUUUUCUCACUAGAUUAACAAUAAACCAGUUCUGAGAGGCUAACUCGAGUGGAUCUUUAUACAGGUCCACUCAAAACCCACCACUUGCUAGUCUUGUCGAACCAGGCGCAGCGAAUAGGGAAGUAUUUCAGCAUAAAAAAAAGAUUUCCGGAGAGCACGUCAGAAGUGAAUGGAUUUAUGACGCAGAAAGUCUAUGAAUAAAUUUGUAAAUCUGUAAGAUUUGUCGCAAUCGGAACACCAUCCGUGCAACUAGUUGAAAAGUGCACUGCUCUGGCUAGAAAGGGUGCGUAGGUGAUUUUGGGAAAAGCAGAACGGUCUCGAGAAAAACCAGGUGGAGCCGAAGUAAAAUUUAUCACCGAAGCUCAAGUCCGCUGCAAUAAACUACUAACGAUUUUAGUGAUCCGCAGUAAGAUUCAUGGAGGUUAUAAAAAUGUCAGCUUGCAAGCUGCUGUUCGUUGUGGUGCUGUCCUGUGUGCUGCUUUGUUGUCACACCUCGAACGCUGGACCAGCCCGCCAGUUGGCUAGUCUGGCGGUGAGGGCCUCCAAGAUACCUCGUUCGAUCAGGGCACCGUUCCGGAACUCGGAAAUGAUGACCGCGAGAGGGUUUGGUAAAAGACGUGUCCCAAUCGGUGCCAACGUUGGAGGAAGCAGUGGAAAUAGUGGAGCUACCGAUGAGGCGCCAUGGGUACACGAUAAGAGAGAGACAAUUAAGCUAUUCGAGCAGCUAGCAGCCGACAAUAAUGCUGAUCCAGGAACACAAAUAGCUGGUGAACAAGAAAGUUUCCCGCUGGAAUGGUUCGCGAAUGAGAUGUCCACGAAUCCAACGCUGGCUCGUACAAUACUGCAGCAUUUUGUCGAUUCCAAUAAGGAUGGUUUACUGACUUCGAAUGAACUGAUAAGUUUGAGCGAUGGCAAUGAUAUGUUUUAAACCUGUUUACAAUGAUACAUUGUCAAUCACCUUCGACUGUUGUUGCUCUUCAAAUCCCACCGUAUUCAAGCAGUUACUGCAAAAGACGAAGCCAGCAGGGCUCUUUUAUUCUGGAUAUCAAAAAAUUGCAAUUCAGAAAACGUAUUUCAAAAUGGCUGUUCAUCAGAAUAGUGUAAUUGUUAUAUACAAACAGGUAAUUUCUCUCCACCAGUAAUGUUUUUUUUUUAAAUUCAAUUGUUAAUCUACAACGUUUAAGGAAAUGUAUAAGUAUUUAUUGCUAGAAAAGAUUUUUAUUGUGAUUUAGAACACUCUAUAUGUAGGGCCCGUUUUAUAGUUGAGCUCUAGAAUCACAGUGCAAGUAUUAUUAGUAUCUUUGUGUUUGUGCGAAAGUGCUUUAAGCAGGUGAUAUCUUGGAAAUAGCCGGUCGAGGCUGGAUACCGAGCUAUUUUUGAGAUUUCAGUUGACUAUUUUUUUGCUUUGAAGAAAAAGGAAUAAACUUAACUGUGUUUGGUUCGGAAAGCCAAAUUUUAGUACAAGCUUAGGAAAUAAUUAUAAUAUUGUAUGAUGAAUGCUAGCAAACGGAGAGAACGCUACUUUAAACAAAGUCAGAGAUAUCAAGUCAAAGUACUGUAAUAUAAACAUAAAUAAACAACAAAGCAAAGUUAUAUAAUGCAAGGAAUACAUACAAAUCGCAAUGGGAAAUAAAACUUUAAAACCAAUGAAA